AUCAUACUCUGUGUCUGUCAACGUACAACAAAAGAUAGUGAAGACAACAGCAUUUGCACAUUUACGUGUCUGCUCAAUUACUAACCAGCCUGAUUCUUGAAGAUGCAUUGUACGAUCUAGCCAAAGUGCUAGGAUUGGUUAUACCACUUCUGCCGAGCAGAAGAUCACGAAUCGUGAUCUGUCGGAAAAUGGCACAUGAAGAGACAGUAUAGACUAGACGGUGAACUCGGAAGACGCUCAUUUCUUGGUAUCCCUUGAUUGUCUGUGUAUACAAAGUCAUUUUGCUUACCUUUCCGCCGCCAUGCACAUGUCUUUCCGGCCUCGAGGUCACUGGCUGGGACGGACAGGCUGGGCACAAUGGCACCGGCCGUUCUCUGCUUCAUCAUCAUAUCGAGAAAUCAGAGACAUCGAGACGCUUCCGCAACGGUAUAUUCCUAAAUAUCAAGAAUCGCGACAGAGCGAUCUUCUAUCUUUGAAAUGGCCAGCCCCACCUAGAAAUAUACUGCUGGUGAAAAAGGACUCAGCUCCAGAUGUGACUGAAGCCCUGAUUGAAUUAGUUAAUCAUGUUGUGUCUACAUACCCGUCAAUUAGUAUCAUCCUGGAGCCAAAAACAGCUGCUGAAGUACACUCGUCUCUUUCGUUUCCCGUGUACUCCAGCAAGUCCAGUGGUGUGCUCUCCACUGCUGCACAUGAAAAGGUGGACCUAGCCAUUACUCUCGGAGGGGACGGGACCAUUUUACGCGCAUCGUCUCUCUUUGCCACAUGUAAAGAUGUUCCUCCCGUUCUCUCAUUUAGUAUGGGCACACUCGGGUUCCUCAGUGAAUGGAAGUUCGCAGAGUAUAAGCGAGCGUUCCGAGAGGUGUACAUGUCCGGUGCUGGAGUCGGAGAUCGCACUUCCAUUCUGGAUGAUUCUCCUCCUCAUCAUCGUCAUAAACCCACUAUGGAGCAGACAGAAGCAGCGCUUGGUCCUACGGGAUGGUCCUCCAUCCGUGGCAAAUCCAUGGGCUCCUCUCGCGGCGCCCGUAUUCUGAUGCGAAAUCGCCUCAAGGUCGGGCUCUAUGCGCCUGACGGGAAGCCCGUGCGGCCUCAUCGGGACGUGUUCCAGCCCGGAGCUGACGGUAGAACUGAGGGCGUCUAUGCGAUGAAUGAGGUCCUGAUUCACCGCGGUAAGGAGCCGCAUUUAACCAUCAUCGACGUGUUUGUCGGUGGACGCUUCCUUACGGAAGCUGUGGCCGAUGGCAUGAUCAUCUCGACGCCUACAGGAAGUACGGCGUACAGUCUCAGUAGUGGAGGCAGCAUCGUCCAUCCGCUGGUGCCGUCUUUGCUGCUGACGCCCAUCUGCCCCCGAAGCCUUAGUUUUCGGCCGUUGGUGUUACCUUCCAGCACUCCGGUUACCCUACGAUUGAGCCAGAAGAACCGCGGACGCGAGGUCGAGGUAAGCAUCGACGGCGUCAACAUGCGCCACGGCAUGGCUGUCGGGACGGAGGUCCGUGUCUGGGACGAGGAGAUCCGACAUGGGAAAAACGACUGGCGCGGCGGCGUGCCCUGUGUCAUGAGAAGGACGCUCGGGGUUGGCGACGCAGACGACGGAUGGGUCGGCGGCCUGAACGGAUUGCUGAAAUUCAACUACCCCUUUGGUGAAGAGCCAUAGGGCCGACUCGCCCUAUCUCAGCGGCGUAGACUCUGCAGCGCAUGUCUAACAGAAGCUUAUGACCUGUCUUCCUGCUCCGGACGAGCGUUUCAGUGAAUAUACCAUGUUUCUUAUUGCGAGCAUAUAAAUCCUAGGCUAGCGACUAAUAUCGGGAUUCGGUAUAUUAUAAUUACGGCAUAUGCGUUUCUACUACUAUUUAGUUACGGAGUACGGACUUGGCCAUGGGUAAUAUGGGAAGCUCUGUGUCCCGACUAUAUAGACCACUAACUGGGGAGCUCAAACAGCGUGGACUUGAGGGCGACAACUAUCACUGAGGUAUCUAUUAGUCUCUCCAGCGACUGAAUGUGAUGAUACUCCUUUUUCGCCAAGCAAUUUGUAUGAUAUACAGCGAACUUUGGGUUAGGGAAAAGGCAAUAAACGCUAGAAAGUUCGGACGGAUAGCCGACUCGCCUGUGAAAUAAUACUUAAUAGAUUGGUUACUAAGUG